GUACAUCGUUCGCAGCCCAUCGGCAUAUUUGGCCAUUCACACUGCGGUCACAUUGAAUUGUAUUUUCGACUAUAUGAGAAAUUCUAUAAUUGAAAAUCAUCUACCAUCAAAAUGCCGGACAUCAAAAUAACCCCAUUGGGCGCCGGCCAAGAUGUGGGUCGCAGUUGUCUGUUGCUCUCGAUGGGCGGGAAGAACAUAAUGCUCGACUGUGGCAUGCACAUGGGCUACAACGAUGAGCGACGCUUUCCAGACUUCUCGUACAUUGUGCCUGAAGGACCCAUCACGAGUCACAUUGAUUGUGUGAUCAUCUCGCACUUCCACUUGGAUCACUGCGGUGCCUUGCCUUACAUGUCGGAGAUCGUUGGUUACACCGGUCCCAUCUAUAUGACCCAUCCAACCAAGGCCAUUGCGCCAAUUUUGUUGGAGGAUAUGCGUAAAGUUGCCGUGGAGCGUAAGGGUGAAUCGAAUUUCUUCACCACGCAAAUGAUCAAGGACUGCAUGAAGAAGGUAAUUCCAGUCACAUUGCACCAAAGCAUGAUGGUAGACACAGAUCUGGAGAUCAAAGCGUAUUACGCUGGUCAUGUGCUUGGAGCUGCAAUGUUUUGGAUCAAAGUCGGCUCACAGAGCGUCGUCUAUACGGGCGAUUACAACAUGACACCAGAUCGACAUUUGGGCGCUGCCUGGAUCGACAAAUGCCGGCCCGAUUUGUUAAUCUCCGAGAGCACCUAUGCAACGACAAUACGCGACUCAAAGCGAUGUCGCGAACGUGAUUUCCUUAAAAAAGUCCACGAAUGCGUGGCCAAGGGUGGCAAAGUGUUGAUACCCGUCUUUGCCUUGGGUCGAGCACAAGAAUUGUGCAUUUUGCUGGAGACGUAUUGGGAGCGUAUGAACCUCAAAUAUCCCAUAUACUUUGCACUGGGUUUGACAGAGAAGGCGAACACUUACUAUAAGAUGUUCAUCACAUGGACAAACCAAAAGAUACGCAAGACCUUUGUGCAUCGUAACAUGUUCGAUUUCAAGCACAUAAAACCAUUUGAUAAGGCAUAUAUUGAUAAUCCAGGUGCGAUGGUGGUGUUUGCUACGCCCGGUAUGUUGCAUGCAGGUCUCUCGCUUCAGAUCUUUAAGAAGUGGGCGCCCAACGAGAACAACAUGGUCAUUAUGCCGGGCUAUUGUGUUCAAGGUACCGUAGGCAAUAAAAUUCUAAGUGGCGCCAAGAAAGUCGAAUUCGAGAAUCGACAGGUGGUCGAAGUAAAAAUGGCUGUAGAGUACAUGAGCUUCUCUGCGCAUGCCGAUGCUAAAGGCAUCAUGCAGCUUAUACAGAACUGUGAACCCAAAAACGUGAUGCUUGUGCAUGGCGAGGCGGAAAAGAUGAAAUUCCUGCGCACCAAAAUUCGUGAUGAAUUCAAUCUGGAAACAUAUAUGCCGGCUAAUGGCGAAACGUGUGUGAUCUCCACACCGGUAAAAAUACCCGUGGAUGCCUCUGUUACUCUGCUUAAAGCAGAAGCACGCUCUUAUAACGCACAGCCACCGGAUCCAAAGCGACGUCGCCUCAUCCAUGGCAUUCUCGUGAUGAAGGAUAAUCGAAUUAUGUUGCAAAAUUUAACGGAUGCCCUUAAGGAGAUCGGCAUCAAUCGGCAUGUCAUGCGUUUCACAUCAAAGGUGAAAAUGGAUGAUCCAGGACCAAAGAUGCGCACCAUCGAAAAGCUAAAGCUACUUUUAGAAGAGAAGCUGACUGGCUGGACGGUAACGUUGCAGGAUACCGGCAUUAUAGCUGUGGAGACUGUUGAGGUUCAAGUUCAAGAGGAUGAAAAGGAUCCAAAGCAUAAGACCAUUUUAAUUACAUGGACUAAUCAAGAUGAAGAUAUUGGCGCAUACAUUUUAAAUGUCUUGCAGAAUAUGUGUUAGAUUUCAUGUAUAAAAAGUUCUUGCUGAAGAGCCAGUCUUAUCUGAUUCCAUAGUUGAUAAGUUAAAAGUUUUUCAUUUAAAGUUGCUUAUUUGAAGUUGUGCUUAAAUACAUUUUUCAACAUUUUUGUAUAACAAU